AUGAACUCUGGGAACGAUAGCUGGCACUCCUCUGCUGGUGGGCCACCGUCGCACCCUGGCAUGGAUCAGAUGAAUCAACAGCCUCGACCCUUGGGGUCAUUCGGACAAAACCCCCCUCAACAGGGCCCGGCUUCGCAGUCUUCCGGACCCGUCCUUCCUCCUCCUGCCGGACCCUACCAUCCCGCUGGUCAGUCCGGCGGUCACUCCCUACCAGGCCUCGCGGAGUUGAGCCAGACCCAUGGCACUCCACACCAGCCCUCAGCAUAUGGACAACAUGGCCCUGGUCCAUCACAUGGAUCGGGCCACUCCCUGCCUGGGAUUGGGCAGGCGAUGCAGCAUGCGUCCCCACAAUCUCUGAACCGCGAACGAGAGCGGGACUCCAGAGAGCGGGACCUCAUUGAGCGCCAACGCCAGGAAGAGAUGGCCCACCGAGAGCGUGAACAGCGCGAGCGCGAACAGAUGGAACGCCAGCAGAUGGAGCGCCAACGCGAACACCACCCCGUCCAGAGCCACCCGGGUUCGAUUCCCCUCCACCAGCCUGUGGCUUCAAAGGUCCAAAACUCCAUCCACGGUCCCAAUGGCCUCCUCUCGAAUCUUGGCGCAAACCCGAACAAUGGCCCUCAGGGUAGUGUGCAGUCUUCCGGUGGACCCGCUAGUCUUUUUGGCCCGCAGAUGCCGCACGGUGAAGGUACCCCUCGUUCAUACAUGCAACACCCCGGUGGACCCCCGAUAAUGGGAGGUUACAACGCAGCGGGACAGCAAAUUCCCGGAAAUGUCGCAGCCCUCGCACAAGGCCAACAGCCUAUUUUGAAUGAUGCCCUUAGUUAUCUGGAUCAAGUCAAGGUUCGAUUCGUUGAUCAGCCCGAUGUCUACAACCGCUUUUUGGAUAUAAUGAAAGACUUCAAGAGUCAAGCAAUUGAUACCCCGGGCGUGAUUCAACGGGUCUCCACCCUAUUCAAUGGCCACCCGGCGCUGAUCCAGGGUUUCAACACGUUCCUCCCUCCCGGAUAUCGUAUUGAGUGCGGUACGGAAGACAACCCUGAUGCAAUCCGUGUGACGACUCCUUCCGGAACGAACACCUUGAGUAUGCCACGCGCAGGACGCCCAUUGGAAAACAUCACCGAUCAGGUUUCUUCCAGUAGCCUUGGCCCGCCUGGUCGCCCUGAUUACUAUGAUCAGUCCCGCCCCGGUUGGCAACAGACCCAGCAGCAGCAGACUCAACAGCAGGGCCCACCUGGAUCUUACUCUCCAGGGUCCCGAAUGAUGGGUCCUGGUAUGUAUCAGGAUGGCCAAGGUGCUGCUCAUGACCAUCACUAUGGUUACCAAAGCCAGGAGGCCCAGGGCGCCGCAAACCUGUCUCACCAACAGGAUCACCGUGGAGUCGCACAGCUGCAAGGUGCAGCGUCGGCUGCUUCUGGUAUGGGAAGGCCUGGCCUGAUGCAAGUUUCAGGCGCUGGACCGAAUGCCGGCCUGACCCAGCCAAUGAGCAGUCUGGCUGGUGUCGGUGGUAUGCUUCAGGGCGGCCACCCUGAUCUCAACAAGCGUGGGCCUGUAGAGUUCAACCACGCCAUCAGUUAUGUGAACAAGAUAAAGAACCGCUUUUCACAAGCUCCGGAUAUCUACAAACAAUUCUUGGAAAUUCUACAGACAUAUCAACGGGAGUCAAAACCCAUCCAAGAUGUGUAUGCCCAGGUUACCACGUUGUUUAACAGUGCGCCGGAUCUGUUGGAGGACUUCAAGCAGUUUUUGCCAGAGUCUGCAGCCCAUGCUAAGCAGCAGGCCGCAGCUCGCCUUGCCGAGGAGUCCAUUCCCAUCAGUAACAUGCGCGGGGACUCCAUGGGCCUUCCUCAGUCAUCGAACCGCGAUAUGAAAAAUAUGCCUCCACUGGGCAACUUCAAUGUCAAGGAUUCUGGGAAAGAGAACAAGAAGCGGAGAGGCGCAGGCCCUGGUGUUGCUGGGUCCUCUAUGUCAGGACCUUCUGGUAUCGAUAGCGCCAGAUUGCCUGAAUCUCAGAUGCGUGGUCAGCCAGCACAGUUUGGCAAUGCAAACAAGAGACCCAAGUACUUCCACGGAAAGCCUUCUGGUGCUGACAUCCCCAACGUCUCUCCUACUCUAAUCCCCGCAUUGCCAGAGCCGAUUCCACCCUCUGUAUUGACAACGCCCAGCCAGGAAGAGAUUGCGUUCUUCGAUCGUGUCAAGAAGUUCAUUGCAAACAAGCAAAUCUUCAGUGAUUUCUUAAAGUUGUGCAACCUGUACACGAACGAUCUCAUCGAUCGCUUUAUCCUUGUUAAGCGUGCGGAGGGCUUCAUCGGCUCUAACGCCGAGCUGAUGAACUGGUUCAAGCGCUUUAUGAAUGUUGAAGAACCCGAAGACAAAACCAUCGACCCCAAGCCCCAGACAGAGGCGGGCAUUGUUAACCUUGCGCACUGCCGAUCAUUGGGACCCAGCUACCGUUUAUUGCCCAAGCGAGAGCGCCAGAAGGCAUGCAGUGGUCGUGAUCAACUUUGCUUCGAAGUGUUGAACGACGAGUGGGCCUCUCACCCGACUUGGGCGUCUGAAGAUUCUGGUUUCGUCGCACACCGAAAGAACCAGUAUGAAGAUGCUCUGCACCGGAUUGAAGAAGAUCGCCACGAUUAUGACCACCACAUCGAGGCUUGUACUCGAACCAUCCAGCUCAUUGAGCCUAUCUGCCAGCAAUUCUUGCACAUGUCUGAGAGUGAGCGUGCUAACUUCAAGUUGCCACCCGGCCUGGGUGGUCAGAGUGAGGCCAUCUAUCAGCGCGUAAUCAAGAAGGUGUACGACCGUCAGCGUGGCGAGAAGAUUAUUCGUGAUAUGUUUGAGCGGCCCUGCCAAGUCCUUCCUAUUGUUCUCUACCGAUUGAAGCAGAAGCUUGAGGAAUGGAAGGCAUGCCAGCGCGAGUGGGAUAAAGUUUGGCGUGAGCAGAUGCAGCGCGCAUACUGGCGCAGUCUUGAUCACCAGGCCAUUGCUACCCGACAGACCGACAAGAAGCUCUUUAUUGCGAAGAACAUUCAACAGGACCUGCAAGGGAAAUUUGAAGAAACACAGAAUCGUCGCAAGGCUGGCUUGAAGGCGGUCAACUACCAAGCUGAGAUGAAGAUGGAAGAUAUGGAUGUUCUAUUGGAUACUACACAUCUGCUCUGCAUGUACAUUGACCGGAGCACCUCUGGCUUCGGUGCUGAGCCUCAGCGUCUGAUAAACUUCGUCAAAGACUUCAUUCCCAUCUUCUUUGGGCUGGACCGUGAAACAUUCCACGACUACAUGGACGAACUUCUCAUUGCUGCUACUCCCCCUGAAGAGCUAGAAGACAACUUCGCCACUGAGGAGGAAUCAGCUGCCAGUCGCAAGGCACCUAACACGCAGAAGCUGGAUCUCCUGCGUGAGGUCCUGGAGCGCCGGGUGGAGAAGGGCAACCAGGAGAAGUCGAAUGGGGUUGCCGAACACCAGCCUUCAGAGCAGCAGCAGCAGCCGACUCCUGAGAUUGGUCGGGCUCUUUCUGCGGCCGUAUCCGAGGUCGAAGAGGCCUUUGAUGUUGCUGAGCUGAAGUGGAUGGAGCACCCUGGUCAAGGAAACUUCAAUGUGGAGCACGAGUACACUCUGAACGAGAAGUACAAGAAGACCGAGCAUCACAUGUACUGCAACCUGAACAUCCUCUGCUUCUUGCGCACAUUCGAGAUCCUUUACAUGCGUCUGGCGCGCAUCAAGCAACAGGAAGAGAGUGCCCGCGAGCAAGUUCGCCGGGGCCUUCUGCCCAAGCCUGCCCAUGAGCUUUGUCUUAUUGAUCGGUUCCCGAGCGAUUUCUUCUAUGAUGUCGAACCCAAAGCGAACCUUUACAAGCAGAUAGUGCGCAUGUGCGAGGAGGUGAUCCGGGGCGAUAUUGACCAGAUUCAUCUUGAGGAGACUCUCCGCCGCUUCUACAUGCAGGGUGGAUAUCUCUUGUACAACCUGGAAAGGAUUUUCUCGUCCAUUACCAAGUUCGUCGCGUCCAUCUUUACUGGAGAUUCGCGCGAUCGUAGCUCGGACAUUGCGAACCUGUUCUUCAAGGAGCGCGAGAAGGAAGAGACGACCCACCACCAGGAGAUUCAAUAUCGUAAGCAGGUUGAGAGAUUGGUCAAGGAGGGUGAUAUCUACCGUGUGACCUACUUCCCCUCUGAUCGCCGCAUAACCGUGCAAGUGAUGACCACGGAGGACGCCACCCUCGAACACGACGACCUGAGCUCUGAGGCCCGUUGGUCCUACUAUGUGACCGCCUACUCGAUGCGCGAUCCCACUGAAGGUGUCCAAAUUUCCGAGAUGCGCAUUCCAUUCCUGAAGCGUAACCUACCCGGCAAGCUAGACGAGGACGAAGAAUACGACCGCUACUACCGCCGGCUGCAGCACCACGACGGUCUGAUCAUCCGCAUCUGCGCAAACAAUUACACCAUCCUCUACCAACCCCCGAGCCACGACUGGUUUUGGCGUUCCAACGCGCCAGCGCCGAAGGACGCCGACGCCGAAGUCAUCAAGGCAUUGGAAGAGGAGCGCGCCAAGGAGAAGUCCACACUUAAGGAAAAGCGUCAUGACCGCUUUGUCGAGAAAUUUGUCAACAACCCCAACUGGGCGCGUGGACUCAGCAAAGACAAGGUCGACGAGUCGAACCAGCGCUUCCGGUCUUGGAUGAACGGGACACUGGAGAACGGAGAUAAUGGAGACGCUGUCAAGGUAUCACCGAUUCCCGCCGAGGAGAUUAAUGCUGCAGCUCCCGAGAAAGAGGAGCAGCCUGCUCCUGAGACCGAGGCCAAGCCGGAGCCCACAAACGCCGAAAAGGCCGAUGUCGAGAUGGCUGAUGUUGAGCCUGCAGUGUAA